ACAUUAAUUUUCUCAUAUUAGCAUAAUAAUUUAGUACAACUUGCAAGUUUUUAAAUCAGUUUUUUCUGCUUUUCCUCCCACAACCACCACCAACACCAAACUUCAGAAAAUCACAAAUCUGAAAUGGACCGUGAACCGUGGUCGGCAUUGCCACAGGAGCUGGUAGUAUCCAUUGCAGAAAGGCUAGAGAGGAGAACAUACAUGAUGCAGUUCCGGGCCGUCUGUCGGGCUUGGCGUAAUUCAAUCCCUUUAUCUAUGCUCACUUCAAUCAACUACUUGUCUCCUCUGUUACCCUUCAAAGGUACGAAUCAUUCUUCAGUUUUAGUGGCAAACUCUGUUUUUCUUCUGCAAUCAACUGUCAAUGGUAUUCGCCGACCUUGGUUGAUCUCUGUUGAGGAGCUUAACCCUGGUAAACUCUAUAUCAGAGCACCCCUUUCUCGAGUUGUUACUAAAGGUUUGAAUUCUGGUUUCCCAGAAAAUUUGGGUUCGUCUGAUUUUCAAGAACUGGGUAGAUUCUAUACUCUUAGAAAGGUGGAUAGACCUGAUCAAGAUAUGUUCUCUGAGAAACGAUUAACUGAAUAUGAUAAUAAGGUGGUUUUGUUUGUGGAUCCGGUUCAUGAAUCUUGUCCCACCAUUGAUGAUUGUACUGUGGUAGAGUUGUAUGAUCAGAUCACUUAUUUAUCUGUAACAAGGCUUAAAGAUGGGGAAACGAAGCAAGUUUGUUUCAGAGGGAGUGAGUUUGACGAUUUAGUGAAUUUUAAAGGAAAGGUUUAUGCAGUUGAUCAUAAAGGUAGUGUCUUUUCCAUGGAUUAUCAUUCGCUAAAGUUGUUGUGUGUUAGUGAAACACUUUCUGGUAGUUCGAGAAGCAAUUACAAGAAACGAUUAGCUGUAUCAGGUGGAGAACUGUAUUUGGUUUUGAGACGGUGUCAGAUAAGUGAUCAUGAUGCAGCUUUUAAGGUUUUUAAGCUGAAUGAAGAGAACGAGAAAUGGGAUGAACUUGUUGAAGGUAUAGGUGAUGAUAGGAUACUGUUUGUGACUUUUGAUGGGUGUUUCUUUGCGUUUGUUAAGGAUUUUCCGGGUUGGAAAGGGAAUUGUAUUGUAUUUCGUAGAGGUAGUUUUCCUGCGUAUUCUGGUAUCAGAAACUUUGACUGUAAAAUCUUUGAGAGUUGGAAACUUCAUCUUGAUGUUGCUGUUUUUCAUUUCGAGGAUGGUGAUUGUAGGCCUUUAGAAACUUAUCCAGGAUAUUCUCAUGUUUUCUUCCCCUAAAUGGUGAGAUAUAAGCAUCAACUUUUAUAAAACAGAUCAGUAAGAUUCAUCUACUGUACUGUUAUGUAGUA